CUAUUAUGGGAUCCUUCUAAAAAUACACCUAACAUGGUUUGAUUGCUUUUGCAUGGCCUGGAGAGAGUCCAGAAGUGAGCUAAUUACUAAAAAGCAGAAUUAGACAGCGAAUCAAACAAAGAAAACUCAAAAAGCAAUUGUAUGCAAAGGCUUGAGCAAGAAGCUUCAAAGAGAUUAAAAGCCUCCCUACGACCCCUCGUCAUCCCUCUAAUGUCAUGUAUGACAUUUCCACACAAACGCUACUACUUUACCUUAUUAUAUUCCAUUGCCAUCCCACCGCCACCACCAUGCACACACGCAAAGAUAAAAAGCCCUCAAUCAUCACCACCAAAAGCCCCCCUUACCCCUCCCUUCACAUUUCCUCUUCCUCUCAGCCAAAUCACAGCUUUCUAAAUAAGCCAGUCAUAAAAGAAGGGCUUUCUAAAUAAGCCAUGAGAGUGCCUGUUUCUUCCCCACACAGCAACAACAACAACAACCAAUCUCCCAAGCACAGCACCCAGACUAAUAACCAAAGUGUCAACUUUCACCUAGGUAUUUCGAGCUUGGGGGGCUACGAGCCCACCUCGGUUCUCGACCUCCGCCAUAGCCCCAGCCCUGUCUCAGCCGAGAAACCCUCCAAAAUUUUGGCAAUCUCCGACGUACUGUCCCACUCGAACCAUGACCCUGUGGAGUGGGAGGAGCAAGUGGACUGGGACUCAAUCAUGAGAGACUUAGGGUUGCACGACGACAACGUCCCUAACCUCAAGAAUUCAAUCCCGCAAUUGAAUUCAAACGAUCCUCAGAUUUCGGAGUACCUGCAUCCUCAACCGUUCGAUCCCUCCCAGCUCGUCCACUCCGAUUUCAACAUCAAUCUCUCCGAAGUGUACUCCUCCCAGAAUUGUUACGACCAUGUGAUCAACGACUUCCAUCAAUCGGGCAGCUGGAACGUAGGGGUUGAUUUCAUAGAGGAAUUAAUCGGCGCUGCGGACCGUUUCGACUCGGACGAGUUGCCACUCGCUCAGGUGAUCCUAGACCGUUUGAACAACAGGCUUCGAUCCUCCUCCCCGUCGAAACCCGUCGGAAAGCCACUUCAACGCGCCGCGGUUUAUUUCAAGGACGCUCUUCAAUCCCUCCUCAACGGCUCUGAUACGGCGGCGCGCGAGUUAUCUUCCUGGUCCGACAUCGUCGAGACAAUCCGCGCCUACAAGGGCUUUUCCGGAAUUUCGCCAGUCCCGAUGUUCUCUCACUUCACAACAAACCAGGCCCUGCUCGAAGCCCUUAACGGAUCAGCCUUCUUCCACGUCAUCGACUUUGAUAUCGGCCUGGGCGGCCAGUACGCUUCCCUAAUGAAAGAGCUCGCCGAGAAAGCUGACGUGGCGAGCCGAAAUAAAGGCAACCAGGUCCCACCGGUGCUCCGCAUCACCGCCGUCGUGCCGGAGGAGUACGCCGUCGAGACCCAGCUGAUUCGGGAGAACCUGUCCCAGUUCGCUCAGGAGCUAAAGAUUAGGUUCCAGGUCGAGUUCGUCCCCGUCCGUACGUUCGAGAUGAUGUCGUUCAAGGCCGUCAAGUUCAUGGACGGGGAGAAGACUGCGGUUCUUCUGUCGCCGUACAUCCUCCGCCGCCUCUGCUCCCAGAACAACAUCUCCGGUUUUCUCGGCGACAUGCGCCGCGUGUCGCCAAGCGUCGUGGUGUUCGUCGACGGGGAAGGGAUGGGAGAUUCUGGAACAACUUCCUUCCGAAGGAACUUCGUCUCCGGCCUUGAGUUCUUCUCAAUCAUGCUGGAGUCGCUGGACGCAUCCGUGGCAGCUUCCAGCGACGUGGUGAAGAAGAUUGAAACGUUUCUGCUUCGGCCGAAGAUUAAGGCAGCGGUGGAGGCGGCAGCUAGGCGGAUUCCGCCAUGGCGGGAAGUAUUUCAGGGAGCGGGAAUGAGGGCAAUGGAGCUGAGCCAGUUUGCUGACUUUCAGGCCCAGUGCCUGUUGGGGAAGGUCCAGGUCAGGGGAUUUCACGUGGCGAAACGGCAGGCCGAGUUGGUGCUUUGCUGGCACGACAGGGCCCUGGUUGCCACGUCGGCAUGGAGGUGUAGUUAGGAGGAGCUAAUUAGCAUUAGCAGCUAGCUAGAAGACUAGCUAAUAAUUAAGCAGUUUUCUUUUCUCUUUUAAUUACUCUAACUAUUGGGGUGUAAUUAUGUGUUUAGUGUUAAGGUAAUGAUCCCGACCAAUCUGUUUUGUUAGGUUUGGGACUAUUUUUUUUGUUUUUUUUUUUUCCUUUUUCUUUUGAUGUAUGUUUUUAUUUUUCUGUCAAUCUUUUGGUGUAUGUUUGGUUAUCGUUGUAACUUUUUUUUGCUUGUUUUGGAAGAAACAUAAGAGGGAAGCUAAGCAAACUAUUGGCAAUGUCCCAACACUCAAAUUAUGAAUCAAUGGAUUAUGGAUCUCAUGUUCUUGUA